AUGAGCAACGUAGUCGUCAUCGGCUCGGCGGCCACCCUCGCCUUCGUGGUCGCCUCCUUGGUGACCAUGAUGUCCCUUCUUCGGGAUAUCAACGACCUACAAAUGGAGGUCAAAGUUGGCAUGGACGAAUUCAAGGUAAUCUCUGACGACACCUGGAAUCGCAUUCUCUACAAACAUCUCAAUCCUGGAGGUGUAUCGGAUGCACCACCGACAUUUGCAACACUUUAUGGACGCCGUUCGCGCAGAGCAAAUGGUUUCCCAGAUCAGUGUAACUGUGGGGAGAAAUCCAGGGACUGCCCACCUGGACCUCCUGGACCGCAAGGACCUAAGGGAGAACCUGGACCGCCAGGAAAAGAUGGCGAAGAUGGAAGACCUGGCGCACCUGGCCUAGCUCUGGCUGUCACUCAUGACAUCCCAGGCGGUUGCAUCAAAUGUCCGGCAGGUCCUCCCGGACCUCGUGGUGAGGCUGGAGAUCCAGGACCGGCUGGACCACCUGGACCAUUCGGAAUGCGUGGUCCACCAGGAAACAUGGGACCGGUUGGAGAACCAGGUGAAGCUGGAGAGGCAGGACCUCCGGGUAUGGCUGGACGUCCAGGUCCACCGGGACCUCCUGGAGAACCAGGAACUCAGUACAGCCCCGGAAUGCCAGGCAUGCGUGGUCCACCAGGGCCUCCUGGACCACCUGGAGAAGCUGGUCCUCCUGGACCCGACGGAAAGAAUGGAGAACCAGGACCUCCUGGUCGCCCAGGUCGCAACGGAAAAGAUGGAAAUCGUGGACGCAACGGACAACCUGGACCGGUAAGUUAA